AUGUGGAUGUGUUUUCGUAUUGUUAUAGCGUGUGAUGAGGAAGGAGCUUUUUAUGCGCUCGAUCUUGGCGGCACAAAUUUCCGCGUGUUGCAAGUUCGGUUAGGCGGCAAAGAAGGUGGAAUUGUUCAUCAGGAAUUUGCCGAGGCAUCAAUCCCUGAAGAAUUGAUGUGUGGAACUUCAGAUGAACUGUUUGAUUAUAUUGCGGAAAGACUUGCAAAGUUUGUGAAUGAAAAAGAACAAAUAUUUCACGAUCAACCUCCUGGAAGACAGAGGGAGUUAGGCUUCACCUUUUCAUUUCCCGUGAUGCAAACUUCUAUAAAUUCUGGAACUCUUAUUAGGUGGACAAAGGGCUUCAAUGUUAAUGGCACGGUUGGCCAAGAUGUGGUAGGUGAACUAACCAAGGCAUUGAAAAGAAAGGAUGUUGACAUGCGGGUCGCAGCUCUGGUUAAUGAUACAAUUGGGACACUAGCUGGAGGACGAUAUAACAACAAUGAUGUGGCUGUAGCCGUAAUAUUGGGUACUGGGACUAAUGCAGCAUAUGUCGAGCGUGCACAAGCUAUUCCAAAGUGGCAUGGUCCUUUGCCAAAAUCUGGGGAAAUGGUUAUAAACAUGGAGUGGGGCAACUUCAGGUCUUCACACCUUCCAUUGACUGAAUACGACCACGCAUUGGAUAUUGAAAGUGUAAAUCCUGGCGAACAGAUAUUUGAGAAGAUGACUUCCGGCAUGUAUUUGGGUGAAAUUUUACGCAGGGUUUUACUCAAGUUGGCUGAAGAAGCUUCCUUUUUUGGCGAUGAAGUCCCGCCAAAACUUAAGAUUCCAUUCAUAUUGCGAACUCCUGAAAUGUCUGCUAUGCAUCAAGAUACAUCUUCGGACCUGCGGGUGGUCGACGAGAAGCUCAAGAAUAUAUUAGAGGUACCCAACACCUCCGUGAAGAGGAGGCGGGUCGUGGUGGAGCUCUGCAACAUGGUGGCCACCCGUGGGGCCCGCGUGGCUGCUUCCGGCAUCCUCGGUGUCCUCAAGAAGAUGGGAAGGGACACCACUGCAGCCACACAGAAGACGGUUAUAGCCAUGGAUGGCGGCUUGUACGAGCACUACACUGAAUACCGUAAGUGUCUCGAGAACACGGUUAAGGAGUUACUAGGUGAAGAAAAUGCUGCAUCUAUUGUGUUUGAGCACUCGAAUGACGGCUCGGGAAUAGGGGCAGCCCUGCUGGCCGCCUCGAAUUCGCUUUACGUUAACGACAGGUCAGCACCACUGUCAUCUCCUCCGUGA